AUGUCUACCUCCGAGCUCGCUUCGUCCUACGCGGCCCUCAUCCUCGCCGAUGAUGGCCUCGAAAUCACCGCCGACAAGCUUGUGUCCCUGAUCAAGGGUGCCGGUAUCGACGACGUCGAGCCCAUCUGGUGCAGCAUCUUCGCCAAGGCUCUGGAGGGCAAGGACGUCAAGGACCUGCUCGUCAACGUCGGCUCUGGUGGCGGCGCUGCUGCCCCCGCUGCCGGUGGUGCCGCUGCCGCCGGCGGUGACGCCGCUGCCCCCGCCGCUGAGGAGAAGGAGGAGGAGAAGGAGGAGUCCGACGAGGACAUGGGCUUCGGUCUCUUCGACUAA